AUGUUGUGGAAGAAAAUAUUGGUAUUGUACACUUCAAAUGCAUUAGUUACAGUGGUCGGUGAUGAAUUCCUGACAGAUCCAUGUGGUCUCUUCCAUGACUGUCUCCCCGAGAGGUACUCGACAGAGAGAGGGACUAGAGCGUUUUUCGAGGAGCUUCAGAGCGUUAGGCAAGACUCGGCAUAUGCUACAAAAAAGCCUGUCCAGAUAUAUUUUGAUCUAAUAAGUAAAUCUCGAGAUGCAGAUGAUGGUACUGAGUCAUUAUGUUACGGUUUUCUCCCUAAGCUAAAUGUUCGUGUUGCAGAAGAUAUGGAGGACGCUAUCAGGGCAGCCAUCAGGAAAUCUGGCUAUCAGGCGCGGAGACGGCAGAUAUCACAGAAUUUGAACAAGUGGGUGGAUCGGUCGGUGACAAUGGAAAAUGUCCCACACGAAUUUCGGACUCUUCAAGAUGGGUCGCAGUUUCUCCAAUUUCACGAACCGAGAUUCCAUAUAUACUAUUCUGUGCGAACCAUCGAGGUAUCGUUCACAUUUAUAGCAGUCCAAUGGCUCUUCGAAAAUGGGCUUUAUGCAAUCGUCGCGGAUGGUGUGCACUCACUGCACCCGAAGAGCCUGGGAUACCAAGCACAACUGUAUUGUGUGCAUGGAGUUUGUAGCCGAGAAGUGGACCUUCCGCUGAUGUUCUGCAUCACGGAAAAGAAGACGCGUCGGGUUUAUAAGAAGAUUUUUGAGCACUUGAAAGCGAAUCUGCGAGGGGAAACCCCUCGACGCAUA